CUAAGCCUAGCUAAACUAUCCGCACAUCUUCUCUUCCCUGGUCUGUAGUCAGAUUUCCCUUCCGGCGGCACCCUCCUUCGUCAAAACCACAUGAGACAUAGUGGCUAAUGCUUCCACCCUUUUAAAAACUCCAAGGCAACCCAGAGAAAUGGCUCUUUCUCGGCUUCCAAAACUUCACUUCUCUAUAUUCACUCACCCCCUUCCAUCUCCAUACACCCAUAUCAACCUUCCUCUCAUAACCAAACUUCAACUCUCAACCCUUUCCAGGCUCAAAUCCACAGUCACCACAACAGAACCCAUUCCUUUCACGGAAGCCCACAAUUUGUUAGCACUCCAAGAACAAACCCAAACCCAAUUUUCACUUGACAAACUCUUUAUCCCACCAGACACUGAGGUUUCAGUCAAUGAGAAUAGUAGUGGUUUAAGUGCUAGGGUCUUAAAAGGGUCUAAUAUUGUGUUGAGUAAGUAUGCAAGGGAUGCACAGAUUGUUCAAGCUGAGUUUAUUAAAAGUAGUGUUAGAACUGAAGAUUGUCCUUCUGAUGGUUUGCCUGAGUUUGCUCUUGUUGGAAGGUCUAAUGUUGGCAAAUCUUCUCUACUUAAUUCUAUUGUUAGAAGAAAGAAACUUGCGCUUACCUCAAAAAAACCUGGGAAGACGCAGUGCAUCAAUCAUUUUAAGGUUAAUGAUAGCUGGUACUUGGUGGAUUUGCCUGGAUAUGGGUAUGCAUCUGCGCCGCAGGAACUUCGAACAGAUUGGAAUAAGUUUACCAAAGACUAUUUUCUCAAUCGCUCAACCUUGGUCUCAGUAUUCCUUCUUAUUGAUGCUAGUAUUCCUGCGAAGAAAAUUGAUCUUGAAUAUGCCAGUUGGCUGGGUCAGAAUCAGGUUCCCAUGACAUUAAUUUUCACCAAAUGCGACAAGAGGAAGAAGAAAAAAAACGGAGGGAAAAGGCCAGAAGAAAAUGUGAAUGAAUUUCAGGAGCUGAUACGUGACUUCUUUGAGACAGCACCUCCUUGGAUCAUGACCAGUGGUGUUACCAAUCAAGGUCGUGAUGAGAUGCUACUGCACAUGGCUCAGUUGCGAAACUACUGGCUCAAACACUGAGAUAAAAGAAUGCAGAAUCAAAAGCUUUUCCCUUGUCCCCUGUUCCACUGUGCUAAAUUGGUUAGCGAUCGUGCUCCGGCAAGUUCCACUGUGCUAACCAAUUCAAACAAAGAGUGAAAGAACAUAUAGAUGGGAAGAGCCGGACAGGCCAAUACAUGGAAAAUUGAGUGGUUGUUUACAUGGAAGGCUGAACGGUGUCACCUUACAAUAUAUAUCGUAUCCUUGCUACAUUGAUACGAGGGCUGUGCUGGAGUGGUUCCAAGUUCUGCUUGCUACAAAAGUAGAGAACCUAUUACUUGAUUAUAAUGCCUCAGAUUUACUCUGCUACUGGUUUAACUGAAGGACUCAAUGAGUUUUGAUGUUUAAGUUGAUUAAUUAAGUAAGGGGGUGUUUGUUUGUUCGGAAAA